GUACGUUUAUGUUAUUGGCAGAAAAAUGGCGGCAAGAAAGUUUUGGGUUCAAAAAUGGCCGAAAAUCACUUGAAAAAAGUGUUCGAAAGUCGACAGAAUUUCUCAMAAACAAGCUACGUAUGAUUUGAAGUCAUCAUGGGUGAGAAAUCGAAGUUAGCUUCGUGUGGGAAUGAUAUAAAGCUAUGGGAAGUUCCAGGAUUUGCCAUGACGAACUCGAUCAGUCUACAUUCUCAACCGGUCACAUCACUAUGUUGGGGCAAUAAUAAUCAAAAUUUAGUUAGUGUCGGUGGUGAUAAAGUUGUUGUGACRUCACUGAAGGGUGGUUUGAGUAAUUCCACUGAGCUUGCUGUUGGGGRUGGGUAUACUUGCGCUGCAUUCAACUCUUCUUCAAGGUAUUUACUACUUGGUGGUAAAACCAAAUCUCUAAGUGUCUGGGACUGGAAGUCAAAAGGUGUCAAAAAAACAUAUAAGGAGCACAAAGACGCAGUUUCUUGUCUGACAUUCAACUGGAAUGAUACAUGUAUAGCAUCUGGUGCUCUAGAUGGCAACAUCUUACUCCACAAUGUUGUUACUGGACAGGCUAGUGCAGCCUUGAGACAACCAAAGACACAGGCCAUCAGRGGGCUUCAGUAUUCUUACUUUAARAAGAGUCUUCUAGGAUCAGUCAGUGAUGAYGGAGCUUUGAAUAUGUGGGAYACAAACAGUCGUAAGCUUGUGACRUCAUUCACUAGUGACCACAGAGCACCAGCCACUGGUCUCAGCUUUUCUCCUGUCAAUGAAAUGCUUCUKGUCAGYGUUGGUUUGGACAAGAAAAUAGUAUUUUAUGACGCACAAGGAAAAAAAUUUUUUUAAGUGAUGACUGCAGAUGCUCCUCUAACAUCAGUUGUUUUUUUCCACGAUGGUGUCACCCUAGCUGUUGGAACAACAAGUUUUAAUUCUGUGGUGUCAAUCAAUAAAGUCACCAAAUCAAUCACAUCCASWAGUAUCAAGCCAAAGACGUCAACACGWAACCUACCRGAAGAUCCCCAGGGACCUCCCCCACAGGAGCCCCAGGAAYCCCCUYCACAGUCUAAUAACGUGCAGUCACCUAGGUUACCAGCACAACAGAAUGGMGUCAAAGAAGAUGAAGAUAUCUUUUCUCCGCUGAGAGAAGCUAAAACACCAAUGCCCAACACCUCAAAAAUUGACGAUAGAACCAUUCCUCCUCCAGUUGGAUUUGACCAUGAUGGCCUGGGUAUGAGCAAAGACAAAACCUUUGAUGGCUCCGGCAUUUUUUCACCGCUCGCAAGCAAUUCUAAUACCCCGGAUGUCCGCCAUCAUCCCGUCGGUGGACCUGCRUACUCCCCGACUGAAUUCCYSCCACCAAGAACUACAGCAGAACCCAGCUCMCAGGGAGCACGCGGUCAGACUGAUUCAUAUCUCAGAAGCUCUGAAGAAGCGCCUACAAGRAGCAUAGACAGAAAACAGAAAUUUAAUGAUCUUCGAGAUAUUCGACAUAGACUCGACAGCGUGCCYGAACCAGAAUAUGCAGCGCCUAAUCUCCGACUACCCAACGAAUCAUCCCCGACUGUAUCACGACAUUCAUCGAACUCUUCCGAUAUUAGACCAUGGCCCGAAAGUGACACUUCAAGAAGCGAAGGGCGAGCUCGCCUCGAGGGAAGGUCAGCGGAUGUUUUCUCAGGAGUUGCUGGUUACCAAGGGGAUGUCAAUCAUUCUUUAGAGCGUGGUAGUGCGAGAUCGGUAUGUAUGAUAUGUCGUAGGCUCGUUAGUAUAAUGUCUUUACACUUUGGGCAUAUCCGCUUCAAUCUGUCUUUCAUCCAUCCAUUUAUUCAGUCAAUACUCAUUCAUUCACUAAUUCAAUAUGACUUYUAUUUGGCGUCUUUUCCAGGAAUUGAUGCAGUAGACCAUUUAAAAAAUAGAAACCCGAUGACGUAUGUCAAUGGAGAUGCCGCUGCUCAUGGUAACGCAGGCCUACAGCCGUUUCAAAUUGAGUUUAUUAAGAAUAUGAUUGACGAUUCAAUGGACGAGUUUAGAGUUGCAAUCCACAAAGAUGUUGUGAAUCUACAAGUAGAAAUGCUGAGACAGUUUCAAAUCCAACAGAAUGAACUUCGUGAAAUGAUGGAAAGGUACUCAGUGAAUGAAGCAUUAGURCAAGAAAUCGACAGAUUACGAGAAGAAAAUCGACGUCUUAAGACCAAGUAUUGACGAUAUCAWGGUUGAUACUGGCAUUCAUUAUUAAAGAGCCUAGCUGAAGGCUUUUCAUCGCCAUUUUGCCCCUGCGUCGUGAGAUGAGUAACUAAUCCUAGUUUACAUACUAUGAAUAUAGAGGAUAUUACAUGGGCGCGUGGAGAUAUAGAGGAUAUUACAUGGGCGCGCGGAGAUAAAGAGGAUAUUACAUGGGUGCGUGGAGAUACGGAUU